AUGUUCUUCAAAGGAGGAAGCUGGCUUUGGUUAUACAUCAGAACAAGUAUCAUUCUAGGAAGUGAACUAAACAGCCCAGGGCCACACGGGCAAAAUAAUUGUUACCAGUUUAACAGAUUUCACUGCAGCUUUGAGGAAGCAGACAAUUACUGUCAUGGGCAGAGAGGAUUCCUAGCUCAUAUUUGGAACCAGGAAGUUCAAGAUCUCAUCCGGGACUUUCUGGAAGAAGGAGAGAAGUGGUGGAUUGGGCAAAAUGUAAUGCCACUGAGAAAGCAUCAAGAUGAAAAAUACCCAGCAAAUGUUGCAGCCCACGGGGCCCCAAAGCCCCCCAGUUGCACCUACCUGUCCAGAAACUUCAAUCGGAUCUUAUCCAAAGAGGACAAGUGCUUCCUGAGACACUAUUUCAUUUGCCAGACUGAUGGCGUUUUGGACAGAGAUGCCCAUUAUGAAAGAAAUGGAAAUAAUUCUCAUUUGUACGAGAGACCCGAGAAGACAAAAAGAGGCGUUGCAAUAGCAAGAGACAAAAUGCCCUCAGGACCUGGUGCUCUUUCAGCCACAUGUCACCAUCCUCUUCCUGCUCAUCUCUCCAAGACCCUGUGUCAUCCCAUCAGCCCGUUUCCUUCAGUACUACAAAAUAUCACAUCACAGGUAACAGCCACAUCUGAAGCCAGCAGCCAGCCUCUCCCUGUGAUAACACAGCUCACCAUGCCUGUGUCUGUCACACGUGCUGGGCAAUCUCUGGCAGAAACAACUUCAAGCCCAAAGGAAGCAGCUCAUGUGAAUACCGUCACCUCUCAUCUACAAGUGUCAUUGCAGAAUGCAUCUGGUCAGGUCAUAGAUGAGAUAGCAGGGAACUUCAGCAGAGCAGUUCAUGGUUUGCAAGCUCAUAACAAACUACAGGAAGCUUGUGAGUUCCUCCAGAAACUAACAGCCUUAACCCCAAGAUUUUUUAAGCCAGCUCAGGUUAAUCUCAUCAAUUCCCUUAUUUACCUGAGUGAGGAGUUACUCAGGAUCCCAUUUCUGAACAGCAGCAGUCUGGACUUCAAAGUUCCUGCAACUGUCUGCCCCUUUAAUUCCUUCAACGAUGUCACCAAAGCUGGAGAAGGAAGUUGGCUGGAAUCCAAGCGUGAUACUGAGCAGGUAGAAGACAUCCUGGAAAUGUCCUUGGCGGAGCUUGGGAAUAUCGGGGAAGCAUUUCUAGAGCAGGACCAGUUCCCCGAGUCUUCAGUGACUUUGACCUCCUCUGUUGCUACUCUGCUGCUGAGCAGACAAAACACAUCCACCUUACCACUGAGCUCUUACACUCUGGGUCACCCAGCCCCUGUGAGACUGGGCUUUCCGUCGGCUUUGGCUUUGAAGGAGCUCUUGAAUCAACACCCAGGAGUUAAUGUCCAAGUAACAGGACUAGCUUUCAAUCCCUUCAAGGAUUUGGACCACAGAAACGUUGUUGGAAGCAUUGGAAGUGUGUUACUAAGCGCUAAUCGCAAAUUGCUCCAAGUCCAUGAUUUAGUGGAGGACAUUGAGAUCAUGCUCUGGAGAAACGUUAGCAUGGAAACCCAUCCCACCAGCUUCAACAUGAGCACAGAUCAGCUUACAAUCACAGUGAACAUCACCUCCUUGGAGAAAUCCCUGAUAGUGAGCAUAGAUCCUGACAGUCCCCUUUUAAUGACGCUCUACCUGGGGUUCCAGUAUCAGCCUAACUGCACUCACUUCCACCUAAACAUCACCCUUCCGAAGGAUAAGGUGUGGCAAAAAGAUGAGGAGUACACGUGGGUGCUGACUCCUGAGCAUCUACAGCACGGGACUGGCACCUACUGUAUAAGAGCUGUGCUGAGUGAGAGCCAGAAGGGUGCUCAGCAGACGCCCAGCUUGGUCUCGGUCAUCACGGCCGUCACUCAGUGUUAUUACUGGGAGAGCCACAACCAGACAUGGAGCAGCAGCGGAUGCCAAGUUGGGCCACAGAGCACAAUUCUGAGAACACAGUGUCUCUGUAACCACCUGACCUUCUUUGCCAGCGACUUCUUUGUCGUGCCCAGGACCGUGAAUGUUGAAGACACGGUUGAACUGUUCCUUCGCGUGACCAACAAUCCUGUUGGGGUGUCACUGCUGGCUGGCCUUUUAGGAUUCUAUGUGAUCACAGUUGUGUGGGCUUGGAAAAAGGAUCAAGCAGAUAUGCAGAAGGUGAAGGUUACUGUCCUGGCUGAUAAUGACCCCAGCGCUCAAUUUCACUACCUUAUUCAGGUCUACACCGGAUAUCGAAGAAGGGCUGCUACAACAGCUAAGGUUGUCAUCACCCUCUAUGGUUCAGAGGGACGGAGUGAACCCCAUCAUCUCUGUGACCCCCAGAAGGCAGUGUUUGAACGAGGGGGCCUGGAUGUCUUCCUUCUCACCACUCGGUCCUCUCUAGGGGACCUGCACAGCCUUCGACUCUGGCAUGACAAUUCUGGCAUCAGUCCCUCCUGGUAUGUCAGCCAGGUAAUUGUCUGUGACAUAGCAGUGAAGAGGAAGUGGCAUUUCCUGUGCAAUUGCUGGCUGGCUGUGGACCUCGGAGACUGUGAGCUUGACCGCGUCUUCAUCCCAGUUUCAAAGAGACAGCUCUUUUCCUUUAGACAUCUGUUUUCCUCCAUGAUUGUCGAAAAGUUCACCCAGGAUUAUCUGUGGCUUUCAGUUGCAACUCGGCAUCCCUGGAACCAGUUUACAAGGGUCCAACGGCUGUCUUGCUGCAUGACACUGCUACUCUGCAACAUGGUCAUCAAUGUUAUGUUCUGGAAGAUAAACAGCACCACUGCCAAGAGAGAUGAGCAAUUGGGUCCAUUUGCUGUGGCCUGGUCUGAGCUGCUGAUCAGCAUCCACACUGCUGUCAUCCUCUUCCCCAUCAAUCUUGUCAUUGGGCGGCUCUUCCCGUUGAUUGAGCCACAGGAGACUCUGCCCCACUUUCCUCCCAUCCAGGCCUCCUGCCUCUCAGAUGCUUCUGCUGAGCCUCUCUCUGCCACAAUGGUAGUUGAGGAGUUAAAGGAAACUGUGAGAUUCCUGCUCAGGAGAAAUACAUACCUACUCUCCAAGUGUGAGCAGCUGCCAUGGAGUUCUUGUGACAUUACUAAGCUGGUGAAACUUCUAUCCAGCCUCAUAUCGUCUCACUUGGAGGGUCAAAGCUAUCAUCAGCAGGCAGAGCGCCACUGGGCACGCGUUGUUCCUGAAAACCACCAUCAUUUCUGCUGUUACCUGCGUAGAGUUCUGCAGAGGCUGAAAUCUCACUUAGGCACGCUGGGUGUCACCCAGGGUCACCAGCCCUGUGACUUCCUAGAUGCAGUCAGCCGACUUCAAAAACUCCAGGAACUCUUGGAAACACAUCUUCUUCCCACGGAGCAAGAGCCAUCCAGGGAAGUCACCAGUUUCGCCAUCCUGAGCUCAGAAGAAGGGAGAAAGCCCAUCUCUAAUGGCCUGUCCAGAUGGUUGACUGCAGCCUGCUGGCUCCUCCUAGGUCUCACUAGCCUGGCUUCAGCCUUUUUUACAGCACUUUAUAGCUUGGAAUUGAGCAAAGACCAAGCCACCAGCUGGAUGAUCUCAAUUAUUUUAUCAGUGCUUCAAAACAUCUUCAUCAGCCAGCCAGGAAAGGUAUUACAAAUCCUUUUCCUUACCCUGUUGAUGACUGCAAUCUGCUCUGUAAAGAACUCCAAUAGAUUUUACCUCCACCAAGCUAUCCGGAAGACCUUUUCGCCCCGAUUCUCGGAAAUCCAACUUCUUCAGGAUUUCUAUCCCUGGGCCAAUCACAUCCUCCUUCCUAGCCUGUAUGGGGAUUACAGAGGUAAGAAUGCAGUCCUGAAGCCCAUUCAUUGCAAAUAUGGGGUACAAUUCAUUUUCCAAAUACCCUGUACCACGAUCUAUGAGAAAGUGGAGGAAGGUCAGCUGGUGUUUUCUGAUGGCCGUACCUGUGGGCAUCCCAAGAGCUUGUUCCCUGGACUUCAUCUAAGGAGGUUCAGUUACAUCUGUUCACCCAGGCCCAUGGGGCCGAUUCCCGCUGAUGAGCUUCACAAAAGGCUGACAAGCAAGAAUGACAGUGGAUUCAGUUACAUCAUGAGAAGUGCUUUCUUCACCUCUGUGAGACUGGAAAGCUUCACUUCCCUUCAGAUGUCAAAGAAGGGCUUUGCCUGGUCUAUCAUCUCACAAGUCAUCUAUUAUCUACUGGUCUGUUACUAUGCCUUCAUACAGGGUUGUCGGCUGAAACGGCAGAAGUGGAGGUUCUUCACUGGGAGAAGAAACAUUCUGGACACAAGUAUAAUCCUCAUUAGCUUCAUCAUCCUGGGGCUUGACAUGAAGAGUAUUUCUCUACUUAGGAAAAACAUGGCACGAUACCGCGAUGACCGGGACAGGUUUAUCAGCUUCCACGAGGCAGUAAAAGUGAACUCUGCUGCGACUCACCUUGUGGGCUUCCUGGUUCUGCUGGCAACCGUUCAGUUAUGGAACCUGCUGCGUCAUAGCCCCAGGCUGCGGGUCAACAGCAGGACACUGAGCCGAGUCUGGGACGAGGUGGUGGGCUUUCUGCUGAUCAUCCUAAUCCUGCUGACAGGCUAUGCCGUUGCCUUUAACCUGCUGUUUGGAUGUAGCAUCUCUGACUACCGGACAUUUUUCAGCUCAGCAGUGACUGUUGUUGGUCUCCUGAUCGGAAUUUCUCACCAAGAGGAGGUUAUCGAUUUAGACCCAGUCCUGGGCACCUUUCUGAUCCUCACCAGUGUCAUCUUGAUGGUACUUGUGGUAAUUAAUCUUUUUGUUUCUGCCAUUCUCAUGGCCUUUGGAAAAGAAAGAAAGUCGCUUAAGAAAGAAGUGGCACUAAUAGAUAUGCUGCUACAGAAGCUCUCAAAUUUGUUAGGAAUCAGUCGGCCCCAAAAAACCUCAUCUGAGCAAGCAGCCACGACAGCAAUGGGCACUGACACUGAAGUUUUAGAUGAACUACCUUAA